UAGCUCAAAUUUUAGUCUAUAUAUUGGAAUCUAAAGUUUUUAAAAUCAUUUCAAAUGGUAUAAUAAAAGCAAUUCGCAGUGUGAUGAAAAAAUUAUGUAAUAUAUUAAUCAAUGAAUAAACAGUUGAAUUAAUAAAUUUUGUAUGAAAACACAUGAUGAUUUAAAAACUGGCAAAUAUCUAUUUACCAAUGACCUGUGAUGAACAAUUUCUUUAUCAACCAAAUACGAGAGUAGAUAUGCGUGCGCACGGUUAACGAAAGCAUGUGAAUAAAAGUUGUAAUUAUCAUUGUGUAAAUAAAACACUCAGGAAAAUGGAAUUACAUCUAUAAAUUUAUACAUGUUAAAUAUAAGUUUUUUCUUUGCCUUGUACAGAAAGUAGUAGUAGUAGUUAAUAAUUAUUGAAUAUAUAUAUAAAUAUAACAAUGACUCUUGAAAGCACAGCAAGAGAAACUCAGCAUAUAAGGAAUUUAAAAGCUGGUUUAAUUGAUUUUGUUGCUGGUUCACUGGGUGGAAUAGCCCUUGUAUAUGUUGGGCAACCCUUAGAUACUGUUAAGGUAAAGAUGCAAACUUUCCCUUCCAUGUAUAAAGGAAUGGUAAAUUGUUUUUUGCAAACAUUAAGAACGGACGGAGUAAUACGUGGUUUAUAUGCAGGAACAAUGCCUGCGGUAGUUGCUAAUGUAGCUGAAAAUUCAGUAUUAUUUGCUGCAUAUGGAGGAUGCCAAAAAGUUAUAUCUAAUCUUUUAGGUUUGAAGAAAGUAGAGGAUUUAACAUCCUUUCAAAAUGCUUGUGCUGGAUUUUUUGCUGCAUUCUUUUCUUCAUUAACACUAUGUCCAACAGAACUCAUAAAAUGUAAACAACAAGCAUUAAGAGAAGUUCAAACUGAAGCGACAGGAACAGUAACAGAAACAAAUAUAAUUAAAAAAAAUAUUGGACCAUGGAGUUUGACAAAUCAAAUUCUUAAAGAACAGGGAAUAAGAGGUCUGUUUUCUGGUUUAUCAUCAACUAUUGCUCGUGAAAUGCCUGGGUACUUCUUUUUUUUUGGAGGCUAUGAAAUUACUAGAGAACUAUUAGCAAAACCACAUGAAAAUAGAGAUGAUAUUGGAUGGCAAAAAACAAUGGUAGCUGGUGCUGUUGGUGGAACUGUGUUAUGGCUUGUUAUAUUUCCAGCGGAUGUUGUUAAAAGUAGAAUACAGGUGAAAAAUUUAAAAGACCCAGCAUUAGUGGUUAUGAAAGAUAUUGUAAAGAACGAAGGUAUUGGCUCCUUGUAUAAUGGUCUGAAACCCACAUUAAUAAGGACAAUACCAGCAACAGCUACAUUAUUUGUAACUUACGAGUAUACCAAAAGAUUUAUGCAUAAUUAUUUUGAAAACAGCUGACAGAAGAAAUGAUACUUAUACAUGUAUGCACAAACAUGUAAAUGUAUGCAGGAUUAAUAAAAAUUUAUAUUUAAGAAGAAUA